CACAGCUGAUAUGGAAAUCAGUGUAUUAAAUAAAUUAAUAAGAUUUCGAAUGAUAAUUAUUAUUACUUCUUUCGUGAUAAAAAAUUGUUUUCAUUAUUCAAGAGACAUGCGUGUGAGUGAGGGUGAGCAAUUUAUGUUCGGAUUACUGCAAUAUAUCACAACAUACUUUGGAAUGGAUUCUAUUGAAAUCCUAACUCCAAGGGAGAUCAAGGUGGAACCAGAUGACCAAACGAAUUUGAACAAUUCGUUUUCCGCAGUUGGAUUCCCAUCGCCCUUCCCAAACCCAGCGAUGUUUACUCCCUCCCAACUGCUUAUGGCUAGUCAAUUCAUGGCAGCCUCAGGAUUGGCCAUCCCGCCAAACCCUGCAUUCUUCCAUCCAAGUUUGCUGGGACAGUUAACGUGGUCGAACACAUCUCCACCAUCUCCUCCAAACAGCAGCCAACAGCUAUCUCCAGCAACGAAGGUUAGAAAGCUCAACAUAAACAACAAUAACAAUAUCGUGACAAGUAGUACAAAUGAAUUAAAGGCUGUUACGAAGAAGAGAUGGAAGGAAGAAAGGGAAGCUGUAUCACCCACCUCCAGUUCUUCACCGCCAUCGAGCACUGACGUGAGCACCAAAGAAAUCAACAGGGAUAAACAGUUCACCUGCACCAUUUGCAACAGAUCAUUCGGCUACAAACACGUGCUACAGAACCAUGAGAGAACCCACACGGGAGAGAAACCCUUCGAGUGCCCCGAAUGCCAUAAGAGAUUCACUAGGGAUCAUCAUUUGAAAACUCACAUGCGUCUACAUACAGGAGAAAGACCGUAUCAUUGUGAACACUGUGAUAGGCAAUUCGUUCAAGUGGCGAAUUUGAGGAGGCACCUACGGGUACACACUGGGGAAAGACCAUAUGCCUGUGAGCACUGCAGCGCUAAAUUCUCUGAUUCAAAUCAGCUCAAAGCGCAUCUUCUGAUUCAUACGAACGAGAAACCGUUUGACUGCGAAAAAUGUCACAGUAGGUUCAGGAGAAGGCAUCACUUACUUCAUCACAAGUGCGGGAUGGACAAAGAAGUUAAGAUAGAAGUCGAUGAAAUGGAGGAGAUCGCUAGGACAAGACAAAGGAUCUCACCACCGACACCAAUGAUUGUACAGUCAUCUCCACUCAUAUCCCCCAAAACUCCAAUUUUAUCACUUCCUCUAUCAUCAUCUUUACCAGAACAAACGGAACCGGAAGAUUUGUCCAUGAGCACAGGCAUGCAUUCUCCAGUCUCUAAGUCACCUUGUUCUUGGGAGGCUGAGGACGAUAGGGACAGUUUCCACGAAGAUCUUCAACCUAUCGAUCUUCGAGGUAAAACUAAAUCUUAGUGUAUAUUAAUAUUUUAGAUAAUUGUGUAAGGUAUGUUGAGUCUCUCUUGAAUCCGAGUUUUUUGAACCUAUAUUUAGAUUUUGUACAUUUUUUAGUUGGGUUCAGGAAAUUUCGAUUCAAACUUGGUUAUUCUGUUUAAAAGUUGGAAAAUUUUUGUGCCCUUCGUUGAUCGUUACACAUCUCACAUGAUGUUUGGUAUACAAGUUCCUCGACCAAUAGCUUAUAAUUUCGAAGAAUCUCAUGAUAUAUAAUAGGGUUAUUGAAAUAAUUCAUCUUAAUUUAACCGGUGUUGAGUUCCUGCUUUCUAUCUUUUCGAAACAGAUACAAGAUUUGCGUUUUAGUUUUAAGUCGUUAGAUGUGAUGCAUAUUUAUGUUUAAUUACCACAGAAGCACGGCUACAAUCUAAAUAUCAAAAUUUAUUUUUAUAUUAUUUUUGUAUAUAUGUACAUUGUCGAUAGUUAGUUUAGUUUUAAGUUUUAUUUUGUUCGUGAAACGAACAUAUGGUCAGUUAGACGAAUUUGUUUUCAUUAUCUUUUUCCAUGAUGACUCAUUUCUUGGAAAUUUUUCACAUCGUCGUCGGUAAAAACUGGUAGGAUUUCGAAAUUCAGGGUUUCAUUAGGGUACGAAUUCGAACUCAUGCAACUUUGAAUGGAUGUCAGAAAGACCGCAAUACUACCUGUUACUGCUUCACUGAACUUAUUGGGGCUAUAUUGAACUAUUUUGCAUACCCAAAUGGCUUUCAACCUCUAAAGCAAUAUCACUUAAACACUAAAAACCAAGGUCGAUCCUAUUGUUUACUUGCUCCACUUUAUUGCAAGAGUGCAGUCGCUUUUGUGAAAUCAGAGCAUGCCGCUUCUUUUUCCGUGCAAUUUUAGAAAUCUGCAGGCAAUAAAUCCACCGAGGGACAAGUCCGCAACCGCAUGUCAUUUGAAUAUUACUCCCAGAAGAACAGUAGCUGAACGAACUUUCAUGUCACGGACAUUGACGGUAAAUAAAAAUGCAAAAAAUAUGUCCACCUUUAUGCUCACUGCAAGGAGGGUACCUAUUGUUGACUUUUUAAUUUAUGUUUUUACAGUCUUUUAUGAAUGUGGAAGUCAACACCGUUUUUGACCUGCAGAAGAAAUCAUUAUUCAUAUUCUAAA